CAUGCCAGUUGUCAGGGGAUCAUUGGGUGUAUGCAUUGUCCUAGUUUAUUAGCCCGGAAUACAAAAUAAAUACAUUUAAAAAAUGACAGUCAUCAGUUUACGUUCUUUUAUGUGAACUGACGAUUGUCUGGUGUCACGUUAACUGAAAGACGCGUGAAAUAUCUAGUGUAGUUUUUUCUAUACGCUGUCUGUGUGGAGCUGGUACAUUUAAUGGCUGAUGUUUUGUGUGCGAGCGCUUUAAUGAGAACAUACCGGGGGCGGACCAGCCUUUCGUACGCGGAUAUGAACUGCGUUGCGAGGUUCCAUCUCCGUCUCUCAUUCUUAUGCACUUGGGGGGAGUUUGAUGGGACGGAGUUUACGGUUAAAGGACUUGUCACCCUCAGGUACAUCGGUUUGGUGGCCGAGCAUCACAGUGUUUCGUCUGUGAGGUGUCGGCAGAUUGGACCAGAUCACUGUGACUCCGCUCUACCCCGUGCUGGAUGCCGUAGCGAAAUUCAGGGCGAAUCACCAUCAACAUGUCUGCUCAGGAGGCUCAAGGACACCUCAUCUCUCCGGAGAUGCCCGCCAUGUUCGACGGGAUGAAGCUGGCUGCCGUGGCCACUGUGCUCUACGUCAUCGUUCGUCUUCUGAAUCUGAAGAGCCCCACGGCACCCCCUGACCUCACUUAUCAGGACACGCCCCUUAACCGCUUCCUGUUGAAGUCCUGCCCCCUCCUGACCAAAGACUACAUUCCGCCUCUGCUCUGGGGCAAAAGUGGACACCUGCAGACGGCUCUGUAUGGGAAGAUGGGGCGGGUCAAUUCACCCCAUCCACAUGGGCAGCGGAAGUAUUUACCCAUGCCAGAUGGUGCCACCGCGACCUUUGACCUUUUUGAACCACUGGCUGACCACCUGACAGGAAACGAUGUUACCAUGGUGAUAUGCCCCGGAAUCGGUAACCACAGCGAGAAGCAUUAUGUCCGUACCUUUGUGGAUUAUUCCCAACGGCAAGGUUACCGGUGUGCCGUUCUGAACCACCUGGGCGCCCUACCCAACAUCGAGCUGACUUCGCCCCGCAUGUUCACCUACGGCUGCACCUGGGAAUUCUCUGCCAUGGUCAGCCACAUCAAGAAGACCUUCCCAGAGAGCCAGAUUGUGGUGGUGGGCUUCAGUCUGGGAGGCAACAUCGUGUGCAAGUACCUGGGGGAAAACCGCGCCAACCAGGAGAGGGUGCUGUGCUGCGUCAGCUUGUGCCAGGGCUACAGCGCCCUCAGAGCCCAGGAGACAUUCUUCCAAUGGGACCAGUGCCGAAGGUUCUACAAUUUCCUUAUGGCUGACAACAUGAAGAAGAUCAUCCUCGCUCACAGGAGAAGCUUGUUUACUGGCUCCUCCAGCAAGAUGACGGACGCAGACCUGGGUCACCUGUUCACAGCCACCUCGCUGACGCAGAUCGACGACAACAUCAUGAGAAAGUUCCACGGCUACCGCUCACUGAAGGAGUACUAUGAGAUGGAGAGCUGUGUACAUUACAUUCACAACGUGGACGUACCCUUGCUCCUGGUGAACUCGGCCGAUGACCCUCUGGUGCACGACUCCCUGCUCACCAUCCCUCGCACGCUCGCAGAGAAGAAGCAGAACACCGUGUUUGCCCUCACGCUGCACGGAGGCCACCUGGGCUUCUUCGAGGGCGCUGUGCUGUUCCCGCAGCCGCUCACCUGGAUGGACAAGGUGAUCGUGGAGUACGCCAACACCAUCUGCCAGUGGGAGAAGCGGAAGCAGCCGUGCGGGGGCGCACAGGGCGAGGAGGCCGAGUGCUCGGAGGACUCCUCCUAACCUCCGCCCCCUUCGUCUCUCCCCUCCCCCCCUUUUUCAUUGGCUCUCACAAAGCCCACUGCUGUGAGGCGACUGCCAAGUCUGGCAAGAUGCUACGUCUCCAGCUUGGUGACUGAACUGCGAGGGCAGGGGGGAGGGCAGGCUGGCUGUGACCAUUAGGGCUCCGUCUGGAACCUGACUACAUCACUCAAGCUUGUUGGGUUUGGUGGCUUCACUCGUGGUCUCCUGGACUUCUCCUUCCUGAACACUGUUCUGGGCACAAACGAACGGCUUGACUGCAGCCAGUUGCUUUAACCAAGCUGAGCUCCUCUCAGCAAACCCUGCAGGAUCCAGAGUCUUUCCCAUAAUGCCUUCAAUGAACCCCUAUCCCCCCCAAAUUCAACGUAAAGUGCACUUAAUGCUUUUUAUUUGAUGGGUGGUGGGGUGAGCUGAGGAAUUAGAUGGAUCCGUCAGCAUCCCUGAAUACCCCCUCGCUCAUUCCAGAAAAUCACCCAGCAGACAGAUAUCGCCCGUUGCAAAGGGAGUUGAUGUGAGAGCGUUUGUCUGUCUCUGAGCAGGUGGUGGGGGGGGCAGGCAUACUUCCUAAAUUUCUAAGUUGUACUGUACUCGGCUGUUUAUCAUGUUUUUGAAGCUCUUGGCUCUCAGCUCUUUGUUUCUUCAGUUAGCUAGCUUCCAUCUGACUGAAACUGGCUUCUGAUUUAGCUUAUUAUUCCAUUUAUUUGAAGAUGCUACUUUUCAGACCAAGUUGCACAACGCGUGGUUAAAGGGGGGGGGGGUCCAGCGGGAGAUUAGCCACGCCCAUUUUUUUUUUUUUUUUUGAGGUGCGCAGGACAGUCUAGCCCUUAUCCUGUGGUCUGCCUUGUGUGGUCGUUGCUGUUUAGCCAAAAACGAAACCAAAUAUUUUUUUUCUCCUUAACGGUGCACCUUUGUGUGGGUUUGAGGAACUGUUGAGGGCUGUUUACGGCAGUCGUGCGGAAUUUCUAGUGUCCUGAGGUGAAGGAAAAGCAGCACAGAAUGACUGUUAAACUGAGAGCGUUGCACACAGCUGAAGGUCCUGCUAUUCUGGGCUCUCGGAUUUCUCUCGCGUCUCGAUCUCCUUGUCGCCAAAGAGCCGUGGGUGUUUGUCAGACAGUGUGCAUCUUCAAGCCGUUUAUUUAAUGUUUAAGCCGGCAAUUAAACAGCCAUAUCUUUAUUACUCGAGCUUUAUUUAAAUUAACCGAUUAUUUUCAGUAUAAGCAUUGUGUAAAGUGAAUGUAUCUGUGAAUGUCUGUGAAGGGGGGUUUGACAGUCCGUUAGAUUUAAACCAAAUAUAGCUGCUGGUAGCUUAAAAUGAGACUCAAUUUAAACAAAAUAUUUUUAUGUUAAUAGAAUCGACGCCGAGCAAAGUGUGUGUUUUUUGUCUUUGAAAACUUGUCAAAUGUGGGAAAACACCGGAUUCAUCUUUUUUUUUCCCCUCUGAAAUUAUUGUAAUAUAAAAUUUUCAUUUAAUAUACAACUAGUGGACACAGCAGGCUGUAAUUAAGGGUUGGGUCUGUGUUGGGAGUCCUGUGUCUGCCCCCUAGUGUCAGUAAUGUAUAGAAGCGCCCACCAAAGAGUGUUGUGUAUCAACAGAACAACAACAACAGUGGCACCCCAAGCACACAAGCUGUCAUCCUCAUGAUUUGCUAAUCAGUCAUCCUGUUUGCUAUUUAAUUUAAUGUACUACAAUUCAGUCUCCUUUGCUCCACUUGCUCAGUGUACAGGACCCCCCUAUCAGUUGUUUGACAUUUAACUGAAGUAGUUGCUCUCUGCACUGUUAUAGAUUUAUAUGCAAUUUCACUAUUUAGAUUGGUAUUGUAUUUUAUUACUUGUAUACAUUUUUGGUGUGAGAGAGAGAGAGAGAGAGAGAGAGAGAGAGAGAGAGAGAGAGAGAAUUGUGGGUCUUUCUGUAGUAAUUGAAGUUGUCUUGUUUUCUAAUUUGUUCUUCGUUGAUUCAAAUGAUAGGGACCAGUCACCAUCUUUUCGAAGGGUGGGGGUCUUAUUUUUCCUUAAGACUCCCCUCCCCCGAUGUAUCUAUGUAAGACGGUGUGGGCUCACGUAACAGCAGUAUGUACAGAAACAAACUUACCAUGUGGUGUGUGCGACAGUGACUCUCACUGUGUGCUUUUAGCCUUUUAGGAGUCCUUCUCUACUCGCUGCAGAUGUAUGCACUUACAUGCUGGAAUCGGAUGGUGGCUUGCUGAGAUUAAAAACAAAAAAAAACUUGAAUUAUGAUGACAUCGACGUCGGACCCUUUGCUGGCGUCUCGGGCGUCUUUCCGCGCCUGUGCUGUACAGCGGCGUUUGCUGCUGUGUUUCCAUGGACCAGGGAGCCAUUCCCGAAUCUCCAGUCCACCUGUCUGUUCGAACACUGUGAUGGUCUCAUUUUUUAACAACCAUUAAUAUAACAUCCUGUGGCCUUAUUAUUGCUUUUGUAUUUCUCAUAUAUUUGAGUCAUGAAAACAUCUUCGGAGGGGUGACAGCCCCACAAGGCGCAGCUUCAGGUCACUGGUGGUGUGAGGUACAUCUCUGGGAUGCGAUGGGGGACUGUACAAUAAUUAUUCUGAAAUAAAAAUUUUCUUGUA